UUGCGGCCGUGGGGAACUGUCGUUUCGAUCUUGGUGUGGAUGUCAAGAUGCUAAGAUGGCGACGAGACCGAGCUUUUGGCGCAUCGCGGAACGCUUGUCGUCGACACCGGAUCACGAUUCUCGUACCGGAUAGAGGAUAUUAUACGCCCGAGGAGCGAGGAGAGAUCCCGCUUCGUCGCAGCUAAUAUCGCUUGGUCGCGGAAUAAAGGGGGGAAAAGGGGGGGAACUUAUGCGACACACGUGGCUCGAGAUACUUUCGCGCCUGGUCGCGUGAUAAUUUUGCUUUAGAUUUCCACGUUGGAUUUUCGAGCGCGUUUAUUUAUCGUACAAGCCGCUUGAGUUUCAUAUAAAUACAAUGGAUCCACGUUUGCAUAGAAGAACCGAGGUGGAAAAGACACCGAGCGAUUUGAUUGUUGAAUGGUUAAAUGAGGCCAAUUUGAGCCUUACUGAAGAAAUUAAGGUGACAAACAUAUGUAAAGUACAAGAACUUUUGUUGAACAAGGAACCACAUUUGUUAGAACAUUAUUUAAAUGAUAUACUACAAUUCUCGGUUGAUAGAAGCGCUGAAGUCAGAAAAACUAUUACAGGAUUUAUCGAAGAAGCUGGAAUAAAAUAUCCAGAAGUGAUACCUCGCAUAGUUCAAAUACUUCUUAGAUUAGCCUCUGAUGAAACUUCAGUUGUAGCUAAACGAGCACUUAGGGCCAGUGGCAGAAUUCUUAGGGCUGCUCUCAAGUGGAUCGCCAGUGCUACUGUCGUUACGACAGAUAUGGAAUUAGCCUGGACACAGCUAAGUGCUCUUAAAGUUCAAAUUAUAAAUAUGAUUGACAGUGAUAACGAUGGAAUAAGGACACAGGCUGUAAAGUUUCUUGAAGGUGUAGUUUUAAUACAAACAUAUCCAGAUCCUGACAAUCCAAAGAAAUCCGAUGAUUUCUCGCUUGAAGAUAUUCCGUUAACUUUGAAAAUAGCGCGUAGACGGAAAUUAGAGGAAGAAGCAAAUCAUGUUAUGGAUUUGCUGAUUAAGUUUCAUGGAUCUCCGCAUGUCAGCAGCGUCAAUUUAAUGACAUGUAUGGGUUCUUUGGCAUUAAUUGCUAAAAUGAGACCACAGUUUAUGUCAAACGUAAUUCAAGCAUUACAAAGGUUGCAACAUGAUCUACCGCCGACACUAUCUGAUUCUCAAGUAACCAGUGUACAAAAACAAUUAAAACUUACACUUUUCGGACUAAUGAAACAUCCUGCUAGUAUAGAAUACGCUUCAACUAUAGCUAAACAAUUGACUCAGCUUGGAGCGAAAGAGCAGGAAAUUAUUAAAGCGUAUCCAAAACGAGAUGUCCGUCGAAUAAAAAAACGUCAACAGGAGAUAGCAGCUGCUAGCGCCGCAAAGCGAGCAAAAAUUGAAGUAGCUUUGAUAUCCGAUGAAGCAGAGGCGACACCGAGUCCUGUUUCAGUGUCUAAAUUACCAGAUUUGAUCGAACUUUCUGAAAGUUUUAUUGCUGAGAGACUUAGUGUAGAAAUAGCAACAGAUUUAGUGAUGGAUAGUAUGGCAUGGGUACCAGAUACUAUGACGACAAUUUUUCAAAGAGAAUAUCAACCCACAGCAACUACUGAUAUUAACAUACAACGUCAAACAAUCGCCAAACUUUUAGCAACACAAAUCAAACAGACUAGAGCAAAGAAGAACAAGAAGGACAAGGAAGAAGAUGCCGUGAUGGAAGAUUUAAUUAAGAAUCCGACCAUUAGCGUAGCCGAGGUAAAACGAGAGCGUAAACGUGAAAAGGAUCGAGAAAAGGAGAAAGAAGCAAAAGCAUCACUAGAAGCUCACGAAAAAUCUCUUGCAAAAGCUAGAAAUCGUUUGAAGGCAUUGAAAUUAGUUGAAGUGACAAAACCGCUUUCGAAAGAAACUAAAGAACGAAUGUUACUGAUGGCUGUCAAUAGGAUAUUACUUUCGGAAAAGACGGCAGUUCUUGGUGGCGUAGCUGCCGUAAGAUCCAAAAUUCUGACUACAUUGGCAGCCACAUUCAAUCCUUACAUUAAGGAAGCUGUGCUGCGUUAUAUUACCGAUGAUAUGCGAAAUCGAUUAGAUUUAGCGUUAGGUUGGUUAUAUGAGGAAUAUGCAUUGCUACAGGGAUUUCAAAGGCGGACUACGCUAUGUACAAAACCUCAAGAGGCUCCACAUCAGGCGUAUAACUUUUUAUUGUGUACUUUAGUAUCAGCUAUUGAUUUAAUUCAGGGAAAAGACCGCGAUACUUUAUUAUCCAGACUUUACUUGGAAGCACCUUUAAUAACGGAGGAUGCUGUAGAGGCUUUAAAAAUGGUAUCAGCUGACGAAACUAGAGGUCUUAUACCACUUCAGCUUUUAAAAGAAAUGGUAGUGCGUAGACCAACCAAACAACUGGUAUUUUUGAAUGUCUUGUUAUGUCACACCGGACAUGAAAAUAAUACAAUACGGGAGGCUGCAAUACAGUUAGUCUGCCAAUUAUAUAGCCGGGCAGAAUUAAGUAAAAUGAUCGAGGAAUAUGCAGUUCUGUAUUUAGGCUUUUUACGCCUUCAUAAUCCACCAGAAAUUGUUUUCGGACAAGAUAGAGGCAGACCGCAAAUUGAGGACCAAUGGACCGAAUCAACUACGCGUGCCUGUUUGGGAUUGUAUCUUGCUCUUCUUAGCGAGCAUCAAGACCUCAUUCAUGAAUUAGCUAGGGUAUAUACGUCAAUGGGAGCAGAUGUAAAACGUAUUGUGUUAAGAUUGGUGGAAGGACCAGUGAGAUCCUUAGGCAUGGGUAGUCCGCAACUACUUGCACUUGUCGAAAACUGCCCGAAAGGAGCUGAAACUUUAGUCACAAGAAUUAUUCAUAUCCUUACAGAGAAAUCUGCCCCAAGUGCAGAAUUGGUAGCCAGGGUACGUGAGUUAUAUCAGACCAGAGUCUCCGAUGUCAGAUUUUUAAUACCUGUCCUGAAUGGUCUCACAAAGAAAGAAGUGAUCGCCGCACUUCCAAAAUUAAUAAAAUUAAAUCCUAUCGUUGUAAAAGAGGUAUUCAACAGAUUACUCGGGACACAUAACAAUGACAGCGGGGUACCGCAUACGUCGCCUAUAACACCCGCAGAAUUAUUGAUAGCUCUACAUAAUAUAGAUCCAAGCAAGGCCGAAUUAAAAACCGUAAUUAAAGCAACAUCCCUUUGUUUCGCUGAGAAGCAGGCGUACACACAGGAAACAGUCGCCGUUGUGAUGCAACACCUUAUGGAGAUGACGCCUUUACCGACGUUAUUGAUGCGCACAGUCAUACAAAGUCUAGCCCUCUAUCCCAGGUUAAGCGGAUUUGUCAUGAACAUACUUCAGCGUCUAAUUCUGAAGCAAGUGUGGAAACAGCCAAAAGUGUGGGAAGGUUUCGUCAAGUGCUGCGAACGGACACAGCCGCAAAGUUUCGCUGUUAUUUUGCAAUUACCACCGGCACAGUUGGCGGAAGCGCUCCGAAUGGCGAACAAUUUACGUGCUCCCUUGCUAGCUCAUGUUGAAGCUUUUGCCGAAAAUCAGAAAGCACACAUUCCGCAAUCAAUAAUGGAUGUCAUACAGGGUAAAGUACCCUGUGACAUGCACGAUGAGUUUGAUAUUGCACCACCUGGUGAUUAUUCGAAUGAUCAAAAACCAGAUACAAUGGAAAUUGAUCUUUCGGAACCAGCCCCUCCCGGUUUAGAUUAGCAUAAAAAAAUCAUUCCAGUGUUAAGAUCGGAAGCAUCGUUUAUCGGAUAU